AUAGAAUAACUCUGAUUUGACAAGACUCAGCCCUCAAUCUCCUCAAUUCAACGCCUGACAUCCAUGGCCUGGCACCUCUGAUGCGAUGAAGGUUGCCACUUGUUACCGCUUCCUGCUCUGACCGUCUUUUCAUAAGAUGUGACAGCACCUCCGCCUUGUAUAUCUUGCGAACCUUCAUUUUUAAUCCCAAAGCACACACCGGUCGAAUCUGCCUUGGUGCGGAUUUUGAUCCUUUGCGAACCAUCAACGCCCGGCCAGAGUCGUUCGCAACGUCAUGAUGCUUCGAGCGCCAUUUUGCCAUAUCUAGUUUUCCUUUUUGCAAGGGAACAUAAUAUAUUUCUUUUCAACAUGGAUGUUGGAGAGAGUUAAUUAUUACCUUUUGGCUGUGUCCUACUCUACUUUGAUCGGGGUCGCAAGGCUUGAAGUCGAGAGUGUCCCGACUGUCAAUAAGCUGGUCUGUGGAGGACAUCUCAGCAGCUCGGCGUGCGUACCUACUGAUGGCCUUUACACAGGCUCUGGAGUUGGCGAAGAUGGACUCGAAUAGCGGUCACCGCAACACGAAUCCACCAAGAUUUUCUCGCGCUGCCACGUCGCUGCCCAACUGGGACCCGUUCAGCCAUGAUGGACCGUCAGACUCAGGCCAAUUCCUAAUGCACAUGAGGUAUCCGUCUCAACCGGUGGCAGGAGAUUCCAUAAUUGUUAGGAACUUGGGAUCCAAUCCUUUGGACGCUGCGUAUAACUCCAUGCCUUCCGGAACACCGGAGCAGAGAACGCUGCCGAAAUGGCACAGCAAUACCACAAAUACACCACAGAUGUCGGUGGGUGUUUCAUCUACUAUUCCAUAUACCCACACAUUGGCUUCCUAUGUUUACAACGACGAUGAUCCAUGGUCACAAAAAGGGUUUUUUGCCGGACCUUCUACUUUUGACGGUAGGUUACAGCCGAAGAGCCAGCCAGUUGGACAACUUCCCGUGAACCAUCAUAACCCAUAUGGGAACCGCCUCCAGACCGAGGGUGACCCCGCAGCCGGUGUGGUACUUGGAAAGCCCCAAUCGGACUCAGGGUAUGGAUCGCUGCAAAGCGCAUAUGCUCCUUCGAUUAGCAAUUUUGAUACUGGACUUCAGGCCACAGGAAACCGGAUUUAUUCCGCCCCUAGCCAUGGCUUCCAACAGUCGGAUGCCACGUUUGGACCAAAACUUGCUUCUUCCGAAGCAUCGCUUGCUGUGCCUCCAUUACUGCGCUGUCCAACCUGCAAUAAAGCAGUCAGGACACCAUCUGUGUUGAGAAAACAUUAUCUGCGCCAUAAGAAGCCAUUUACCUGCCCAUACCCUGAUUGCCCAGGCAGUGGACACGGACAGGGUUUUGGGACUGUCAAUGACCUGGACCGGCAUAUUCGAAGCAAACACCCAGAGGGCGAAGUUUCUGGACGACGUCCCAUCCAGGUGUUCUCUUGCCAUUUCAGUGAAUGCCAAGAAAAGGGGAGGAAGUUUACUCGAUCGGAUAACUUUGGGGUCCAUCUAAAUCGAUGCCAUAGUCUGAAUGGGGACGAGGUCAAGGGGAUUAUUCGACGGAAGAAAGAGCAGCAUCGGCUUGAGGACCCUAGGAUCCAACCUAGUGACAGACCACAAGAAAGGAAUCUAGAUAUUUCAAUGCAGGACGCCAGCCAGGAGAUUUCCAACGAUCAUGCCAUGCAACAGAGCAAUGAAUCUCUGGUUACUGAUGAAAGCCAUUAUGAGAUGUAUGAUAAUGAUGACCAAGGCCCUGGUCCAGAGGAUAUGACUUUCUACAUGCCAGAGGACCAAAGCCGUGACCUAGAGGAUAAGACUACCCAUAUGCAGGUGGAAACCAAGUACAGGCCACAUGGAACCCUGGAUAUGGAAUAUUUCUCUGGGAUGGAGCCCGUUGAGACUUUUGAGCCUGUGGGUUUUAUAAUGGACCCAACGUUGGAUAUAUCUGAAAGUGCAACACCAGUUGCAGCUGCGAUUGAGACUACCCCGAAGAGAGAGAAUGGAUCAUAUAUACAUGGUUCCACCGACUCUUACGCACAGAAAGCUCUCGCGAGCGCACUUGCCAGUAAACGGAGCCAGGAUAUUAGGAAAUCCAGGGGAAUUGGCGCCAGCCAAAAGCCAAUAACUCCAAAGGAUCCAAUGGACCGGCGUAUUAAUACAUCAGCUUUGUUCAGCCGUAACAAAUCCAGCCAGGAAGAUUUUAAUCCAGGGGACCUCCUUACAGCUGAUUCUAAAGAUGAAGACUGCCACACAGACUCCCAAGACGACGACAACGCAGCCACAAUCCUACAAGACAUGAAAAGCCGUGGAUUCGUCUUACGAAGGAAUACCACUCACUUACUUGAACCCCCCGCCCCCUCUCCAUCAACCCAGUUCCAAUCCCCCCUCACCUGUAGCGUUUGCUUCAAAACCUGCCGCCGCCCCAGCGAAAUGGCAAAACACAUGAAGCGCCACUCCCGCCCAUACCAUUGCACCUUCCCUCCCUGCGCCAAAACAUUCGGCAGCAAGAACGACUGGCGUCGGCACGAGAACUCACAACACCUCCACUACGAGUCCUGGCGCUGUCACCUCUCCUCUGGCACAAUGACAUCGACCCUACAAAGCCUACAGACACCACAAUCACAUUCUCAAAACCGCGACGACCACGAACCUAGCGCAUGCAAACACAUCUCCUACCACCUCGACGCAUUCAAAUCCCACCUCUCACGCACUCAUCAGAUCGCCUCCACGGAACUAAAUGACAGCGCCACCGUCGCGCGCUGCCUCGCCCCCUGCCCGCGCACCUUCUAUUGCGGCUUCUGCGCCUGUUCUGUCGCGCAAGCAGACUGGAGCGCCCGCUUCGACCACCUCGAUGACCACUUUUCCGGGCGCAAAGGAGGGGAGCAAGUGGCGAUGGCAGCAUGGACGGAGGAGGGUGAGGGUGCCGAAGGGAAAGGUGCCGAGCGUUAAGGCGAAGGGGAAGGUGGAGGGGAAGUUGGAGGUUGGGGGGCCGAAGAAAAAGGGG